AUGAGGAGGGAUAACAAGAGCAGUGUGUCAGAGUUCAUCCUCCUGGGGCUCCCCAUCAGGCUAGAGGACCAAGCCAUGUUCUAUGCCCUGUUCCUGGCCAUGUAUCUGACCACAGUGCUGGGGAACCUGCUCAUUAUCCUGCUCAUCAGGAUGGACUCUCACCUCCACACCCCCAUGUACUUCUUUCUCAGCCACUUGGCCUUUGUGGACAUCUCCUUCUCAUCUGUCACUGUACCCAAGAUGCUGAGGAGCAUGCAGACUCAGGAUCCAUCCAUUCCCUAUGCAGAGUGUAUAACACAGAUGUAUUUUUUUAUAUUAUUCACUACUCUGGACAGCUUCCUCCUCACUUCAAUGGCGUAUGAUCGGUAUGUGGCCAUUUGUCAUCCCCUCCACUACACCACCAUCAUGAGAGAUGAGCUGUGUAUCUUACUGGUAGCUAUGUCCUGGAUACUGUCGUGUGCCAAUGCUCUGUCUCACACCCUCCUCCUGGCCCGGUUGUCCUUCUGUGCUGACAACACCAUUCCUCAUUUCUUCUGUGACCUGGAUGCCUUGCUGAAACUCUCAUGCUCAGACAUCUCCCUCAAUGAGCUGGUCAUUUUUACAGCAGGAACAACAGUCAUUACUCUGCCACUAAUAUGCAUUUUGGUCUCUUACGGCCGCAUUGGGACCACCAUCCUAAAAGUUUCAUCUACCAAAGGGAUCUGCAAAGCCUUGUCCACAUGUGGCUCCCACCUCUCUGUGGUGGCUCUGUAUUAUGGUGCAAUCAUUGGACUUUAUCUUAUACCUUCAUCCAGCACUUCCAGUGACAAGGAUAUAGUUGCUUCUGUGAUGUACACAGUGGUGACUCCAUUGUUAAACCCCUUUAUUUAUAGCAUGAGAAACAGAGACAUGAAGGAUGCUUUGAAGAAGCUCUUCAACAGGGCUGUAAUCUCAACUCAAUGA